AUGUAUAACAGGGUAAGUACCAAGUUACUAUUCACCGCCUCCAUUAGCCCCCCCUCAUUAGUCAUAAAAGUAUCAUUAUAUAUCUUACCAAUGGCUCGUCACAGUCCACCGCUGCACAAAUUUACCAUGCAACAAGAGGCACGAAAUACAGAAGGUCGUAACCUAUGGUCAUCUGGGACUAAUCUUCGCCAUAAAGCUGUUCAGUUCGUGAGCGCAAGUGACCUACAACCAGAGGGCGCCGAAGAUCAUGUCAACCAGGAAACCAGCCAAGGCUUGCAUGGGCAAAUAACAGCAUCCAAAAAGAACAACAAUGACACUAAUGGGACACUAGACCACGAGGACAACACAGAAAAUGGUGUAUUUUCCCUCGACCUGCCAGGCGAAAGUGUCACUGAUACUGGACUUCCGGACCAAGUCUUGCAACUGCCUCCAGCCCCCCAAGAGGAAUCAAGCGAGGAUGAGGUAGUGUUUCUCGGGCGAAACAAAAAUACCCAACAUAUGCCAUGUGGUGAUGAAGUGACAUCGUCAGAGAUGUUUAUGCCGAGUCACUAUCAACGGCGGAGACGCUCUACAAACAUUCAACCUGAAGAUGAUAGAAACUACAUCGGGCUCAAACAGCACUCUGCAAGGAAAGGGAAGCAAAGAGAUUUGCAAGAAGAUGAAAAUGGUAUUCUGGCCGAUUAUAUCGCGAACAUGGACAAUGACUAUCAAGAGCUUUAUAACCCAUCUGAUAUGGACACAGAGAGCGCAGCCAUGGAACACUCCAAUUCAACUAGUUCCACCGCUGGUGAUAUAACGGGUAUUUGUCUCAAAAGCAAUGAUCUGCCAGUAAGAAAUGGUCGCAUUUCCCCAGAACAGGGGAGCAAGGAAUUGGAUCUAGUGUCGCCAGACAAUUUAGACGUUGAAGUGGCCGUGGAGGCAUUUGGUAUCCCACCAAACAAUUCAAACAACACCCCGACAAGUUUAUCAAUUAGUUCAUACAUGAGGGAAAUUGAUAACGAGGAAUCUGAUAUUGACUCUGAGGAGUACCCCUUUGAUAUGAAAACGGACAUAGAGGCCAUCGAGACUCUACAAGGUGGUGUCAAAGGGCACAGUGCCACCCAGUUUUUAUCAUCAGCAUCAUCCUUUGCCGAUGCAUUGGAAUUGGAUCCAUAUCGUGGGUUUGACAUAAUGGAUUUUGAUAGGCCGAGUAUCAGAAACAAGUCAAAAGGAAAACAACGUGCUUUUGACUUGAUGAUCUCUGACAGUGAGCUUGAGCUUGAGCUAGAAAACGCCUGGCAAAAUGACAGAACAAAGAAGAAGGCCAAAAAACAGAAGCGGGAAGAGCUACGUUCUCAAGGACUACUGGGCCGAAGUAAACCUGAUUUAAAGAUUAAGUAUUCAAAUGGGAUGAGCAUUGAUCAUUUCAAGUCAGAAAUACGCAUCUUUCUUCUUUCACCAAAGAACAGUUUAUCCCUGCCCCCUAUGACCAAACAACUUAGAAAACUUGUUCAUGACCUAGCAAAUUCGUUGGCUUUGAAGUCACAGUCGCGAGGCAAAGGGUCUUCAAGAUUUCCCAUUCUCUACAAAACAUCUCGAACCCCUAACUAUACCACAAAAACAAUAUCCCAGGUGGACAGAACGUUAUCAAAAGGGAAAUUCGGCUAUCGUACUAAUCAAUCGAGUCAGAAAAACUCUACCAAAGCGCGACGAGGUCGUCCUGAUGCUUCUGUCUCUUACAUGGACGGUGAUAUUGUUGGUGCAUCUGCACCUGAGAUUGGAGCAGAGAAUAAAGGAAGAGCAAUGCUUGAAAAGAUGGGCUGGAGCAUGGGGACUGCUCUUGGUGCCACCAAUAAGGGUAUCCUGUUGCCAGUUGCACAUGUUGUAAAAAACUCCAAAGCGGGCUUGGGAUAA